UAAGGCUGUCGCUGAGGCUGUCAGCAACGGCAAUGCCGGUUUUGGAAAAUCUGCAAGAAGCCAGUGGGCUGAACCCGAGUAAGCGAAAUAGUGGGCAAGUGAGAAGCUUUAAUCAGGAGCAGUAUGCAGGGGCACGCUAUUCGAGAAAGAAGCUGCAGAUUGUGAUUUGCCUGCUUUCGGUGGAGCUGUGCGAGCGCUUUACUUACUUUGGGAUAGUGUGUAACAUGAUUCUGUUUUGCACUCUGAAACUGGGCUACAGGAACUACCAGGCUGCCAUUGUCAACCUGUGUUUUGUUGGAGCCUGCACCUUGUCUCCCGUGCUGGUGGGAUGGUUUGCAGACUCAUGCAUGGGGAGAACCAAAGUGGUUUACAUCUGUGCACUGCUUCACUUUAUAGGUACUAUCUUGCUGCCUGCUGUUGCAUUCCCCUUUGAGGAUUUCUAUAUUGAUACUCACCAGAACAUUGAUGCUCUUGACAAGGGAGAGCAGACUGUGCUGUUUUACAUUGGCCUCCUGUCAGCAUCUUUGGGUUCUGGAGGAAUCCGGGCUGUUGUUUGUCCAUUCAGUGCUUACUUACUACAGGAAUACGAUCAAAGCCAACUUCGAACAUUCUUCAACUGGUUUCACUGGUUUGUGAGCUUGAACUCUGCAGUUGUCUUUGUGGGCAUUGCCUAUAUUCAACAAUCCAUAGCGAAAAACCUAGGCUUCCUUAUUCCUUUUGCAUCCAUACUUAUGACCCUUCUGACUAUUCACAUGGUGCAGAACAGACUAAUAUACCGACCAAAGUCAGGUGGCUCCUUGAUGACAUUUUUUGGUGUUUUAGUGAAUGCUAUAAAGAUGUGCUGUGUGAGAUACCGUCACAUCAGUGGGGAUGUGAGUAAUUGGCUGGACCGAGCCAAGGAGAACUAUGGUGGCUGGUACAGUGAAGCCCAUGUGAACAAUGUCAAAUGCCUUUUCAGAUUAAUUCCACUGUUUGCCUUUCAGAUUCUGUACAGAGUUUGCAUACUUCAGAUCCCUUCAGCAUAUUUUAUACAAACAAUGCACUCGAAUCUGAACCUGAGGGGAUUUCUCCUUCCAAUAGCAGCACUGAAUGUGAUUGGACUCCUUCCUGUAUUGCUGCUUGCACCUUUCCUGGAAUAUCUUGGAGCUUGCUUACAAUCUGUUCGUAGAGACCCAUUAUCACCAUCACCAUUGGCACAGAUGGUCAUAGGUCACCUCUGUGCAGUCUUGUCCAUAGUGGUCGCUGGGAUAUCAGAGGUGACCAGGAGAAACUUCCUGCUGGUGGAACAGACUCUAUCUGGAAAGGUGCUCCUUGUGUCUUCAAUGCCUUGCUUUCGUCUCGCUCCUCAGUACCUCUUGCUUGGAAUCUCUGAGGCAUUGGUCACUCCUGCUUGCAUGCUGAUUACAUUCAGACUGUCUCCAAAGAGCGUUCAAGGCAUCGCAAUGCAGUUCAUGACUCUCUUCAAUGGUUCAGGCUGCUUUGUGGGAGCAAUGAUUAUUCAAACUGUCUACCAAGUAUCUGGAGGCAAUUGGUUUCCAAAUAAUCUGAACGUUGGGAAUUUGGACACAUUCUUUUUCCUUCUGGCUGCGUUCAUGCUUCUGAAUAUUCUGGGAUUAUGGCGAAUCUCUCACAGAUACAAAGACCUUCAACAGGAAGACGACCAAUGUGUUAAAGGAGUUCUUCUGGAAAAGCUAAUGGAACAUGAAAAAUCUCUGAAAUUCUAUGACAGUGUUCUGGAUUGGCCCACCAUCUCCUAUCCCAAGGAGAUAGUACUUAUGAAAACAAAUUGAAAGGGGAUGGUGCUGGCAUUACCAAUUUGUGAGGCAAUAAAAUGUGUUAGGGAACAGAUGUCUGAUUUAUUAUUUUUCUCUAAAACUAUGCUUGUCAAGACUUUGUUAUCACUUGUAACUUCUAACUUUGUUUUGAAGUACCACUUCUCCCCAGAAGAAACUGGCAUCAUUUUAGAUGAAAAUGUGCUAUUGUUGUUUCCUAUUUAUUUUGACCCAGAGAAUUGACAUACUAAUGCAAAUUUGUCUUUGAAUUUCACAAAUGAAAUAUUUAGGUAAAUAAAAGAAUAUUUUUGUAUCGUGUAGAUUUAUGUAGUUUAAUACAAAAAUAUUUCAUUUGCAACUGACAUUUACCUAUUGUUAAGUGGUAUAUUCCUUAAUGUUGAAAUGUUUAAUUUAGAAAUUGCUUACACAUUUGGAAAUGAUGGAGAAAAUUAA